AUGGAGAUGGAGGACUUCCUCGGGCGAUUGGAAGAUGGGCAGUUUGACCAGGCCAUGAAAGCCAUCGAAAAGCGGACCACGCAGCUGGCAUGGGAAAAGUUGCCAGACAGGAUCGUGCUGCUAAGACACGGACAAAGCGAGGGCAAUGUGGAUCACCUGCUCUACACCAGCAAGGGUGACAGCCGAUUGGAGCUGACCAAGAAGGGCAUCCGCCAGGCGCGGGAGGCGGGCCAGCGGCUCCAAGCCAUCACUCCUCCGGAUGCGAACAUCAUCGUUUGCACCUCGCCCUUCGAGAGGACGACUCAGACGCUGUUGGCCGUGUACAGUGGAGGCUUUGGCGGGCCGAAUCAGGAGCUGGUGCAGCGGGUGCACGUCGAUCCACAGAUCCGAGAACAGGAGUUCGGGAACUUCCAAGAUCCAGGCUUGACCCAGAAGGUCAGAGUAGAGGAAGUUCGAGUUGGGCGCUUCUACUAUAGGCGCCCGAAUGCCGAGAGCUCGGCCGACGUCUUUGACCGGGUGACCCAGUUUUGGGACAAGCUCUUCGGGGACUUCACGGGCAAUGGCAUGCUGACCCGGGACGAGGUGAAGUACGACCUUUGCCUGGUGGUGACACAUGGAUUAACCAUCCGUUUGAUGCUCAUGUGUUUGUUUGAGUGGUCUGUGGAGACCUUCGGAACCGUUUGGAAUCUGGGGAAUUGCGAGCACGUGACCUUGCAGAAGAACCUUGAGACCUGCAAGUAUGAGUUUUGCAUCGCAGAGUCCUACCCACCUCGAACACCCUGGGCCACGCGGCAAGCGUGGAUCAUCCUAGCGACCGUGCCCAAGCCGGAGGAGCUGGUGGUGCGUUUGGCGAAGCUGGAAGAGGCCCGUGGCAAGCUGCUGGAGGUGAAGAACGUGGCAGAUGCGGAGAUUGCUAAGCUGGAUAAGAUCAUUGAUGACAUGGAGAACCAGAUCCUCCGCGAACGCUCGGAGCAGUUCACUGUCAUCAACUAUUUAGAGAUCUCCCAGCCUCGGACCAUGCAGAUCAGCGAGGUCAUGUGCCGCCUCGUGCGAGGGCAUGAUCAUCAAGGUACAUCACCUGAGGAGCUCGCAGAGCAGGUGCUUGAUGCCGAGACCCGGGACAUGAUGGAACAGAACAUCGAGUUCAUCGAUUGGUGGGGCGAUCAGCUCAGCUAUCAAGGCAAAAUGCUACGCACCAACCGGAUCUCCUACGCGCAUCAUCGGGUGAAGUCCGGGGCGUUGUCUCCGCUGUCGCCCCGGAAUUCCACGACCAGCAUUCCGCGCUCCCGGACACCGAUGACCCCCCGGCGCACCGGUGGUCCCGCGGCGGCCGAUGCCGCAGCGGCCUGCGCGCGCGCCAAGCUGCCACCUCCCCUGCCGUUGCCGCCCAACCUGACGGUGGCGGAUCUCCCACAGCGUCUUCGGCCGACCAGACGCUUUCAGGCCGCAGGAAACACUGUGGUGAAGCAGGCGCCUGCCUCACCAGGAGGGCCUUCUUUAGCCGAAGAAACUGACCCCGCCUGUGAUCGAGUAGAUCCACCUGCCGCGGUGGAUGUGACGUCCGAGAUUUGCGAAGAAGUUGAGGGAAGCCAAAGAGCUCCAAGAGAUGAAUCGCCGGCAAAGCCUGCAGCGGAGGAUCCUGAGGUGGAAAGGAGCAGCGUCCGAUGGCUUUCACCUGAUUUGCCAGCAGAUGAGUGGAAGGAGAUGCCCGUGACCGAGCUCAAGGAGUUGGCGACGGGAAUCCUCUCCGACAUCACCACUUUGGGUGCCGAGUGUGACAGGCUUUUCUCUGAGAAGUGCCGAGAAGUUUCAGGUGCCAGCUACAUGGACAUCGAGAAGCUUCAUCAACUGACGCAAGUUCUCAUUGACCGUUUCGCUGUGCGGUGCCCCGACACGUUGGAGCGGCUUCGGCACGUCUACGCAGCAGUGACCGUCGAGCGGGAUGAGACAGGCUUGAGUCAGCUGGAGUUCCGGGGCUACGUGGCCGCUGUUUUGACUCAAGUGCUACAAGAUCUGGAAGCCAGAAUAGGGCAAGCUACGGGCUGCACCACCAAGUUUGGCUAACUACUGGGCAGUGGGCAGUUGCGUUCCAUGUCCCAUGGUCGUUGUCACAGCUUUGGGCCACUCUGCUGUAUGUGGUUUUUGCAUGUUUUUUGCUACUUCAGGAGGACCUUGACCAGGCUGAUGCUGAGAAACCAGACAGCCAUGGUGGCCUCAUGGAGUCCCUGCAAGGUUGGAUCGCGCAGAUCACGGCCGCCCUGGAAUAGCGCCAA